CUGUGUCUGCUUUGGGAGUGAGAGGAGGGAGGGAGCUGCUUCUUCCAAUCCACUUGAUUGUAUCACACUGCUGCCAGGAGCUAUCUAGAGACCAGUUCUUUGCAGCUUGACCCUAUACUGCAUUCUCCGAGGCUACUUAAAUACCGGAAUAGCUUCUUUUCUACUAUCAGGAAGGCAGUGCAUCUGUUGGACACUCAUGCACAGGUUGUCAAUUGCACCCAGAAUGCAGAUGGACGUCCCAGAAACUGCAUGGGUGGAAUAUAUACCAUCUUGAGGUGAAUGCUGCUGUAGACUGGGGCAGUGAUGGCUUGAGGAAGGCUCUGCAUGCCUGCUCUGGUAGGUUGGGGUAUCCUAGGCUUGAGGAAGGUUCCACAUUCCUGCUGUUGAGCCACAAACAAACUGCAUCUCUUCACCUCAGGUAUGAGCUCUUCCAAGCUGGAUGAAGGCAGAGGUUCCACCGAGGUGUAUGAGACACUUGCACUUGGAUUUAUUCUGUAGGAAAGGCUUCAGCUGUUCAGAGUGUGUCCCAUGCAUGCUGAGCAGCAGCUGGGAGCAGGAUGGUCUGUGCAGAAGCCAUGCUCCAUCUUUCUCACAUCCCCUUGGUUUGGGCAGCUUGCAAUAGUGGAUAUCAACGUGCUGCUCAUGCAUGACUUGGGGUGUGGGGUCUCAGUGCUCUCUGCUCACCUCCCUGAGGAACUGUUCCCUCAUCAGUGAGGACGACCUGGUUUGAUAGGGAAGGGUUGUACUCAUGCACCAGGGGAUGCAGUCAGGAGAACUCUGCAUUGGGGGAAGAACCUGGGGCUCCUCUCCUUCCACCACACGAUCCUCUACCUUUGAUGAAGAGCAUUCACAGCAACGCUUGUCAUACCACAGUCCUGCACCUCACCAGAACACCUCACUUCAGCAUGACCACUGUCAUUAUCAUCCUAGCUGCCGUGAUUGCCUUGAUCAUCGGGUUUGGUAUUUCAGGGAAGCGCUCCAUCAACGUCACUGCCUUGACGUCACCUGGGAACAUUGGCCAGAGUGGCCUCCUGGGCUGCACCUUUGAGCCUGACAUCUGGAUGGGCAGCAUAGUGAUUCGGUGGGCAAAAGUUGGAGUGGCUGGAUUGGUUCAUGAGUUCCGAGGAGGGAAGGACCACCUGCAAGAGCAAGAUGUGGUGUUUCAAGGCCGCACAGCCAUUUUUGCAGACCAGGUGAUCGGUGGAAAUGCUUCCCUUGAGCUGAGAGAUGUGCAGCUGUCUGACGCUGGUACCUACAGGUGCUCCGUCACCACAUCCCGAGGGAGUGGAGCAGCAGUGCUGCAGUACCAGACAGGAGCCUUCAGCACCCCUAGGGUCCACGUGCAGACCAGUAGCAGUGGGAACACAUUGCACUGCGAAGCGCCACGGUGGUUCCCUCAGCCCACCGUACACUGGACAGCAUACAGCAACACUGGGAAGUGCCUGCCUCAUGCUGCCAACACCAGCUAUGAGCUGAACUCUGAGAAUAUCACUGUGAAAGUGGUUUCCUUUCUGGGCAACAUUACAGCCAACGCCACGUACACCUGUGUGAUUGAAAACAGCAUUGCCAAGGCUACAGGGAACAUCAAAGUGACAGAUUUCAACAUUACAACGGAGACCAGCUUGCACAUGGUGAACCUGAACACGGAGUCAGUGUCUUCCUCCCUUCCAGCCUGUCAUUGGAUGCUCCUGCUUCCCAUGUGUCUGCUGUCAAUAUAGAACAUCUGGAAAUGCUGUUGGACAAGGAGGCCAUGUUGACGACUUCCUCUACCCCCUGAGAAGUAGCACAAACCGUGCUUGCACUCAUUUUACUCGGAUAAUCCUACUGCACUGGUGUGGUACCUACAGUAAACACUACUUACUGUGGACACCUUGAACAGGGCUAUAAGGAGCUGCCAGCCUGAGCACUCCCAUUUAGAUUGAGGAGCACCGGGGCCAUCACAAAGCGUAGGUCAACUGCCUUCAGGAUU